UCAUCUUAGUAAUGAAAAAAUAGAGUUCCAACAUUUUAGUAGUCAUAAAGUGACAUCUAUAUCUAUUUUAUUUUAUCUACAUAUGUUGACUUCAAAUUAAUAAUACAAUUCCUACUCCAAUAAACAAAAAGAAUCAUCUAUGGCAUCUCUAAUUAUUGGCUAUUCUUUUUGUAGAUUAAGGGCACCUAUUGUUCCAAUAUCUUGUCAAAGUAGAAGAGCAUUAAAUAUCUCUAACUCCAAUAAUGAAGAAAAGAAAGAUAUUGGAAGAGGAGGUGGAAAAGGGAAGGUACCAUUGUUGAAAUGGAAAGUUAUUUUGAAUGAUUUUGAGAAGAUAAUUGGGAAGAAUAAGUCACAAGAGAAGAUGAAUAAUUUAAGUCCACAACAACAAAAGGGUGAUUGGAAAGAUUUGUUUUUAAUGAGUAUUUCUUUUGCUGUUUAUGUGUACAUUUCUCAGAAGUUAGUUUGUGCUUAUUGUGCUUGGACUUCUAUGCCUAAUGUACAUGUUUGGUAGUUAUUAACUACUUUAGUUUUAUCACUUAAUUAAUGAAUUGUAAGCAAAUAGGCUUAUAUUUUUAGAAGGGACUAUGAUUGUAUUUUUUUUUUUUUUUACAAAUUAUGAUUGUAUAUAUUUUAUAAGAUAAGAUGUGUUUUUAUAGUUGGAAAAUUUUAAUGUCGAUCUACAA